CGAGCUGGUUUCUCCAUUCUUACCUACCCUACCUUUAAGAUAUAAUUCAACCCAAUAAAGUUAAUCAAUAUUCCAUUGGGGGUCAUCUUUUUUAGAUCAGGCAAACAGCACAGGCAGCUCAUCUUAUGUGAUGGGUCCUUCUGGUGGUACUAGCAGGUAGUGACUUUCAGCAGCUGACGGAGGACUGCUCUCUAAUGUCUUGAGAGAUACACUGCUCCUAAUUUACUUGUUUUACGAACAAAACACAACAUGAAUUUCGUCAGAACUCGCCUUUCUCUUGGCAACCUCAUUGGUCAGAGGUGCAGACAGGUCACUGAAACAUGGAGCUACAGAGGGAUGUGCAGCAAACCAGAGGUGGUCAAAGCAGAGCCUCCUGCAGCCCCAGCAGCAGCAGCCCCAGCAGCCCCAGCAGUCCCAGCACCAGCAGCCCCAGCAGUCCCAGCACCAGUUACUCGUGCCUCGUUCAGAGUCCCAGGCUACAAACCGUCGAAUAUGGACAAGAAGUUUCUUCUCUGGUCGGGACGCUUUAAGACAGAAGACCAGAUACCAGAGAUUGUGUCGUGAGUAGCUUCUUCCUGUUUACACCAGACCUCCCAGCGCACUGAUUGGCUCUCUGUAAUUCAGUUAACGUACAUCACAAGAACAGAGCUCGCUGCAGAGGGUAGCUG